AGAGAUCCUCUUCUCCGUCCCCGCCUCCCCUGCCCAUGCCCCCGCCUCCGCCUCUGCCCAACGGGCCCAAUCCCUUACAACCGCCCCAGAACUACUCCCGAGCAGCCGCUGCCAGACAGGCAGCCACCAGGUUGCCCUCUCUGCCCCAGCUAGAAAGACUUGAGUUAGAUAAGCAGAAGCACACGCCUCCCUACCUACCUCAUGGCGACAGAAAACGGAGCAGUGGAGCUGGGAAUCCAGAGCCCAACAACAGAUAAGGCACCUACAGGUGCUGCAGGUGAAGGAUCUCCAGCUGCAGAGAAAGACCCUGGCCCCCCAGACCCAAAGAAAGAUCCUGCUCCAUCCACCCCGAAGGAAGAUACCAAAGCUCCUGCCCCAGAGAAAGCGGGGGGUGUCCCUGCGCAACCCUCACCUAGCAGCCAGGGCCCCCAGGGAGAGGGCGAUGGGGGCGGGGGGCCCGCGGAGGGCAGUGCUGGGCAGCCGGCAGCCCUGCCCCAGCAGACUGCGACGGCCGAGGCCGGUGUCAAGGAGCCCAGUGCUGAGCAGGGACCCUCAGGCAGCCAGGGCCCCGGAGAGCCCAAGACGGGCAAGAAGGCAGCGGAGGGCCAGGCCGCAGCCAGGAAGGGCUCCCCUGCCUUUCUGCACAGCCCCAGCUGUCCUGCAAUCCUCCCCAGCUCCGAGAAGCUGCUGGUGGAGAAGCCCCCAAGUGAGGCGUUAGAGCUCAUCUUUGAAGGGGUGCCGGUGACCCCGGGCCCCGCAGACCCUGGGCCAGCCAAGGCAGAAGGAGGGAAGAACAUCCUGGCAGGGAGCCAGAAGGAAGCGGGAGACAAAGCCCCCGGCCAGGCUGGCCAGGCUAAGGUGCAGGGGGACACCGCCAGGGGGAUUGAGUUCCAGGCUGUUCCUGCAGAGAGAGCGGAGGUGGGGCAGGCCCUCUGUCUCACAGCCAGGGAAGAGGACUGCUUCCAGAUUUUGGAUGAUUGCCCACCACCCCCAGCCCCCUUCCCACACCGUAUUGUGGAGCUGAGGACCGGAAAUGUCAACAGCGAAUUCAGCUUGAACUCCAAGGAGGCGCUGGGAGGAGGCAAGUUUGGAGCAGUCUGUACCUGCACAGAGAAAGCCACGGGCCUCAAACUGGCCGCCAAAGUCAUCAAGAAGCAGACGCCCAAAGACAAGGAAAUGGUGAUGCUGGAGAUCGAGGUCAUGAACCAGCUCAACCACCGCAAUCUGAUCCAGCUCUACGCAGCCAUCGAGACCUCGCACGAAAUCGUCCUGUUCAUGGAGUACAUCGAGGGCGGCGAGCUCUUCGAGAGGAUCGUGGAUGAGGACUACCACCUGACGGAGGUGGACACCAUGGUGUUCGUCAGGCAGAUCUGUGACGGCAUCCUCUUCAUGCACAAGAUGAGGGUCCUGCACCUGGACCUCAAGCCAGAGAACAUCCUGUGCGUCAACACCACCGGCCACCUGGUGAAGAUCAUCGACUUUGGCCUGGCACGGAGGUACAACCCCAACGAGAAGCUGAAGGUGAAUUUUGGGACCCCGGAGUUCCUGUCCCCUGAGGUGGUGAACUAUGACCAAAUCUCCGAUAAGACAGACAUGUGGAGUCUGGGGGUCAUCACCUACAUGCUGCUGAGCGGCCUCUCCCCGUUCCUCGGAGACGAUGACACAGAGACCCUAAAUAAUGUCCUGUCUGCCAACUGGUACUUUGAUGAGGAGACCUUCGAGGCGGUAUCGGACGAGGCCAAAGACUUCGUCUCCAAUCUCAUCGUCAAGGAUCAGGGGGCCCGGAUGAGCGCUGCCCAGUGCCUCGCCCACCCCUGGCUCAACAACCUGGCGGAGAAAGCCAAGCGCUGUAACCGCCGCCUCAAGUCCCAGAUCUUGCUUAAGAAAUACCUCAUGAAGAGGCGCUGGAAGAAAAACUUCAUUGCUGUCAGCGCCGCCAACCGCUUCAAGAAGAUCAGCAGCUCGGGGGCACUGAUGGCUCUGGGGGUCUGAGCCCCGGGAGCAGCAGAGGCCUGGACGCAGCCGCAGAGUGGCCAGGGCUGAGGCCACACAGCCCAGAAGGCCAGAGAAGGCAGGCCAGACCCUUGGGGCAGGCUGGCCAGGACGAGGCUGCACCAGGCUGGGAGGUGCGGGGCUCCCCACGCCCCCACACAGUGACGCUCCCGACCUGAGCCGCCGGGGAGUGUGGCCCGGGUCCCUCCUGCUGACGCCUCCCCAGACAGGCUCUGGCCCAUUGCCACACCCCAGACCCACCAAGGGCCCCUGAAGCCGCUCCUUGUUCCCUCCCUAGCUCCCUCCUUUGAACUGCUGCCCUGGAGCCCCUGUGCUGCCCCACCUGGGGCAUCUCCGGCCUGGGCUUGCUCCUAGCUGGGGUGGGAUGGCUGGGGCUCCAGCCGCUGUGGACAAGGCUCCUGGAGGGGGCGGGAAGGCAGGCCCAGCUGCCGGGAGACAGCAGGCUUUGUGAGAGAGGACCUCCAUGCCCGCUCCACCCACGCCCAGCAGAUAAGGCCCCACCAUCUGGCCCCCCAGCCCCCACCCACCUUCUUUGUGACCACCAACACACAGGAACUGUGCGAGAAGGGGACGCCCCGCCCAGGCCUGGGGGGCGGGGAGAGGCCUGGGGACACGGAGACCACCCCCAGGCUUGCUGAGGGCCAAGCCUGCCCCUCCCGGCCUCUCUGGGCCAGCCCAGGGGCACCACGGCCUCACCAGGGACACCACGGCAGGUCCAGGAGGAGUGCGAAGGCCCCAGCCUGCUCUCAGCUUGUGCCUUGUAAAUAAAUGUACAGGUCGGAUGUGGCC